AUGAUUACGUCGACGCUACGUCGGGCCUUCACAACGGCGACGUCCACGGCGCAGAAGAAGCACCACAAGAAGAAAAACCACUUUGCUACUGCAGGACUUCCGCUUGUUCUCUUUAUCGUCGGCGGAUACGUGGCCCUGACACAGUUUGUCAGUGGCAAGUACGAGGCGCGAGAUCACGUGGUCAAAAGUCAGUCGGAGCACAUUUUCAACCUGGAGGAAGAGCACAAGAAAAUGACGGCAAAGUUGACUCUCGACGACUUUGAGCUCAAACCCGUGCCUGACCCAAGUCCUCCAACCAACUAG